CAGCUCACUCUCCCACAGCCAGCAUGUUCCCAGGGAGUUACAGAGGCACUGGCUCCUACCCCGCGGGCCACCACAGAGCAGCACAGAAAUACGGCCUAGCCCAGGGGGGCAUGGGCACCGCAGCACCGUCUCUCACCACCAUCACCAGCAGUCAGGACCUGCAGUGGAUGGUGCAGCCCACGGUGAUCACACCCUCGACGUCCAGCCUCGAACCCCGACCCUAUCCAUACCCGCCCCUGGCCAUGGGCUCUGCCCUGGGUGGGCCGCGGGCAGGGGUGAUCAGGUCCUUCGCGCCCCCCCUCGGUGGGAGGAGACAGAAAGAGGAGGAGCUCUCCCCGGAGGAGGAAGAGAGGAGGAAACUUCGGAGAGAGAGGAACAAAGUGGCAGCAGCCAAGUGCCGGAAUCGUCGGAGAGAGCUGACCGACAGGCUACAGACAGAAACUGACCAACUGGAGGAUGUGAAGUCGGGCCUACAGAAGGAAAUAGCUGACUUGCAGAAGGAGAAGGAGAGACUCGAAUUCAUCCUGGAAGCACACCAGCCCAUCUGCAAACUCCCGGACGACUCCCGGGCUCCCUCAACAUCUGGCAUGGCCAAGGCUCGUUCGGAGAGGCCAAGGGACCUGGUUGCCGGGGCGACGGGCAGCUCUUGCAGGCCCAAGCCCCCGAGAGUGGCCAUCGAGCCCGCCUCCAGCCGGGAGGGGCCGGAGCCUGAGGCCCUGCACACCCCCACCCUGGCGCGCACCCCCUCGGGCACUCCCUUUGCCACCGGCCUGACCUUCACCUACCCGGGCACCGUCUUCGACCUGGAACCUGCCGCCGGGCCCUCCGGCCAGGCCCCGGGCCUGUACACGACCCCGGAGCCUUGCUCUGCUGCCCAUCGCCGUGGCAGCAGCAGCGGCGACCAAUCGUCCGACUCGCUCAGUUCGCCGACCUUGGUGACCCUUUAAGGCGCCCGGCAACCCGCGGGGUCGGUGUCAGGGAGGGGGAGAGGAAUUUAUCGUCAUAGAAAGGUCAAGGGUCAUCUGGAUGGGGCACGAUGAGGUGGAAUUUGGCAGGGGAGGGUGAUGGUGGGGAGUCCCUUCCCACACCAAGGAAUUAAUGGCGUCCUCUUCCCAUUCCCAAAGCCCUGACCUCCUUGUGAGACAUGGAGCCUUUAACCCACCAACCUUAACCUCCCCUCUUCCCCCACCCCGCCAUUAACCCUAGGCAUGGGGUGGGGUCAUGACCUCAAGGUUGCCAACUGACCCCUAGCAAUGGCUGCCCAAUGAGGGGGGAGGGGGGUGGUUCCAAGAAGAUUUG